AUGUGGCCAUCCAAUGACCCGAUCUCAGCCUAUGGCCUCACAGCUGUUUUAUCGUCAGCUGCUACUCUUCUCGCAACAGAUCCUCCAGCAACACCUGCCCCAUUCAUUGCAGUGGCCGGAGUUCCAAUUCCAGAAACGCCCCUCGCCCAGCGGAUCAACGAGUAUGCAAAGGCUCGUCUUUCGGAGCCGACAUACAAUCAUUCCCUUCGCGUUUAUCACUUUGGGCUUGCGAUCAAGCGGUACAGGUUCCCCGAGUGGGCCUUUACUGAUGAAACAUACUUCCUUGCCUGUCUGCUUCACGAUAUCGGAACAACCCAACAUAACUUGGAGGCCACUAGAAUGAGCUUCGAGUUCUUUGGGGGCUUGAAAACACUAGAAGUUCUGCAGAACCUACAGCCUUCCUUUGUAGGAGGCUCGGCCGCAGUCGCCCCGAAAGAUCAGGCAGAGAGCGUGGCUGAAGCAGUUAUUCGGCAUCAAGACUUGUGUGAGAAGGGUAAAAUCACAGCUCUCGGUCAACUGCUUCAGCUGGCAACAAUCUUCGACAACACUGGUUCCUAUGCCAAUCUCAUUCAUCCUUCGACUAUCCAAGAUGUUUCUAAGCAUUUCCCUCGUCUGAAAUGGAGUGGAAAUGGGGGGAAGUCCGAACUAGAUAUCUCCCGCGAACUCGAACAAAACACCUUCAUGGAUCCUCCAAAGAAGCCAAACAUGCUGCAAGCCAUCCUCACCACCUUUUUUCUCUUAAUACCAUUUUAUUGCAUAUACAAACCCCCAAUUAUACUCAUUCGUUACUGUCAACGUCGCUGGCCCGACGUGCUCUUCCGUGUGGACACAAACAAAAAAGUGGUUGCGUUGACGAUUGACGACGCGCCCUCCAUACACACGCCUGCAAUUCUUCGUCUAUUGCAAUCGCACAAUGCAGCUGCAACUUUCUUCUUGAUAGGAUCCCAGAUCCCAGGACACGAACCUGUUUUGGCUGAUCUCGCCCGAGCUGGUAACGAACUCGCCAACCAUGCCAUGUACGAUGAGCCAUCGCGUGCACUCAGUGACGACAUCUUGGCAGAUCAGAUUCAUGCAGUCCAUGCCAGAAUCCAGGAAGCUUAUGUCGCAGCUGGAAAUACAUCACAGCCUGAGAAUUGGCUCUUUCGCCCUGGUUCGGGAUUUUUCAGCUCCCGGAUGAGAACUCUCGUAAAGGAGCUGGAGUAUCGGCUGGUGCUCGGUGAUGUGUACCCGCAUGACCCACAGGUGCCAUUUUGGAAACUCAACGCGAGUCAUAUUUUGAGUAUGGUCAAGCCAGGGAGUAUUAUUGUCUGCCACGAUCGGAGAGGGUGGACGGUGCCUAUGUUACAGAAGGUGUUGCCGGAGCUGAAUCGCAGAGGGUACCGCGUUGUCACGAUCUCCGGGUUAUUGAAAGAGACCAAUGCAAAUUGA